AUGGAGAACCGAGUGUCUCUCGGAUCUAUCCAGAAGGCCGUCUGGGACGGGCGCUUGCCACUGCAGAUUGUUCUGGCCUCAUCAGAAAGUCGAACCUUUGAUCAGACGGAUCCAUAUCUUAUCUCAUAUCCGCGCAUCUCAUAUCUUCCCUCGUUGCUACCUAGGCUUCGAGCUUUCUUCUCGAAUUUUUUGAUAGAGCCAAACUCCCAGUCUCAUGAUGGCUGGUUUGAGUUUGAGGGUGUGCCUCUGAAGUGGCACUACCCAGUCGGGCUGUUAUUUGACCUCUAUGCGGGAGCAGACCCGGCCUCCAAGACCGCCACAAGAGACAAUGAGUCCACUGACCACGGGCCACCGCUGCCUUGGCGUCUGAUAGUGCACUUUACCAACUGGCCGCAUGACCUUGUUCGACUUGAUGCCGAUGGAAUGGUCAUGAACGAUGCCUUUAUAAACAGUGUGAAGGAAGCAGAUUUCCUACGAAAUGGUACAGCUAAGGGCAUCAUGAGUCUCUCAAAAGAAGACUCAUCGGGACUUUGGAAUGCCGUUCAAGAACUCGAUCUUCUUUCCUUUCAGCGCAUAUCAAAUAUCCUUCUUCCCCGGCACUCACAACCUUUUCGCAACGUUCCGAUCCGGAUCUUUCUACCACUCCCACUAAAUGCCGAGUCUCCCUCCCUUAAAGUGGUACAAUCGCCACUUCCUCCUUCCAUACCAGCACCCAGUAUGCAGUCAAGUCAAAUGUUGAGCUCGCGGAGCGGUUCCACUCUCCAGCCUCAAACGGUUGGGACUGUUUUACACACAUUGCUACCUAAUCUGUUUCCCAGUCGGAGAACCCCUGUCCUUGCAAAGCCCGUGCUACACGGUGCUGUGAUACCCAUGUCUGCUCCGAUCGAAGAGGUUGUGAGAAGCUCUGCUUAUGGAGAUGGGUGGGCGUAUCUAGUCGUUCGGAUGAUGGGAUGA